AUGACGGGUCCUGUUCCAAAAGAGAGCAAGCACAUGACUGCUGCCUUUCAGGGAGGAGAGACUUCUGCAGAGGUUUGCAGCUCCUCAGACCUGUCCUGUACCAAAGUAAAGGAAGUGGGGAGCCUGUUCCAACACAAGGAAGAGAAAGCCUUGACACUUGAAUGGGUGAAGGUCACUGUGAGCACUCAUGACUCCUCAUACUCUGAGCCUCCUGAUGUUCAGCAGCAGUUGAACCACUACCAGUCUGCAGCUUUGGCCAGGAACAACAACAACAUCAGCCCAAUCCCACUUUCCGGGAGUGCUGCAGGAGUGGAAAAAACGGAAGUCAUCCUUAACUGUGAAUUUUGUGAAUUCUCUUCGGGUUACAUACAGAGCAUUAGGCGUCAUUACCGUGACAAGCACGGAGGGAAAAAACUCUUCAAGUGCAAAGAUUGUUCCUUUUAUACAGGCUUUAAAUCUGCUUUUACUAUGCACGUGGAAGCUGGGCAUUCGGCAGUUCCUGAGGAAGGACCCAAAGACCUUCGCUGUCCUCUUUGCCUAUAUCACACCAAAUAUAAACGCAACAUGAUUGACCAUAUAGUUCUGCACAGAGAAGAGCGGGUCGUUCCCAUUGAAGUCUGCCGUUCCAAACUGUCAAAGUACUUGCAGGGAGUCGUUUUCCGCUGUGAUAAGUGUACCUUUACCUGCUCCAGUGAUGAGAGCUUGCAGCAGCAUAUAGAGAAGCACAAUGAACUGAAACCUUACAAAUGCCAACUCUGCUACUAUGAGACCAAACACACAGAGGAGCUGGAUGCUCAUCUUCGAGAUGAGCACAAGGUGAGUCGUAAUUUUGAGUUGGUUGGACGGGUUAACUUGGACCAGUUGGAACAAAUGAAGGGGAAAACAGAGAGCUCCAGCAGUGAUGAAGAAGAGAAAGAAGAAGAGCUAAGCCCCAAGACUGAAGAGAGAGGUCAGUGCAGGGAGAAACGCUUCCCGUGCGAGUUCUGUGGCCGAUCAUUUACAGAAGGCUCUGAAUGGGAGCGACAUGUGCUGAGACAUGGCAUGGCACUGAAUGAAAGCAAGCACAGGACCAGUGAGGACAGCCAGCCAAAGGAGGAUGUAGAAGAAACUGUUAGCACACUGCCAGAAGAAAAAGAAGGCAUUGACAAAAUGGUGGUGGUGGACUAUUCCCACAACAGUGAAACAGCAGUUGACGUGGUAGCUGCUGACAAACCUCUCCAAGACAACUCGGAGGCCAAAAACGAAUAA